AACUCACUCAUACACCGCCUCUCAUCUCUCCUCUCUCUCUCUCUCCCUCCCUCCCUCCACCGAUCUCCCUCCGUCGUCCUCCUCUCCCCCUCCUCCGCUGUCCUCCUCUCCCUCAUCUCAUCACCGCCGAUCUCCCUACUCCUCCGCUGUCUUUGGCCAGAGAGAGCUGUGGUUAGGGUUUUCGAUCUCGGCCAGAACAAGUACUCAGAUCUGCAACGAUCGAUUCCACAACAAGGCGUCGCCGCUGGUGAACAAGGCGUCUCCAAAUUGAGUUCGAUGUCCUAGACAGCAGAGGUCUCCAACAAUAUUUUUGGAUUUUUUUUGGAGAUAGAGAAACAAUCGAUCUGGACAGUGAAUUGGAUAUAAUUGAUGGUGUGGGUGCUGAAGCAGGCCAUGUGAUAAGAACAACUAUUGGUGGUCGACAGAGAGAUUGUCGCUAUCAAGAAGGUUCUCCAAGACAAGCGUUACAAGAGCAGGGAGUUACAGAUUAUGAAAAUGAUGGACCAUCCUAAUAACUAAAAAUGGAGCAGAGACUGGCUAAUACCUUGAGGAUGACUGUUAAUGAGAAGAAAUUCAUCGAGACUGCUUUACUAUCGGACCUUAGAGUUGAUGGUCGCCGUCCAUUUGAUUAUAGACGGCUUACUAUCAAGUUUGGUAGGGAAGAUGGUUCAUCAGAGGUGCAGCUUGGUCAGACUCAUGUUAUGGGAUUUGUAACUUCCCAACUAGUUCAACCUUAUCGAGAUAGGCCAAAUGAAGGGUCCCUUUCAAUAUUCACCGAGUUCUCUGCAAUGGCUGAUCCUUCCUUUGAAGCAGGUCGUCCUGGAGAAGCUGCUGUGGAGUUGGGACGUAUAAUAGACCGUGGUUUGAGGGAAAGUCGAGCUGUAGACAUGGAAUCACUUUGUGUUAUUGCUGGGAAGCUAGUGUGGGCCAUUCGCAUUGAUCUUCACAUUCUAGACAAUGGGGGAAAUCUUGUUGAUACUGCCAAUAUUGCUGCUUUGGCUGCUCUCAUGACAUUCCGGCGGCCUGAGUGUACAUUAGGUGGAGAAGAUGGUCAGGAAGUGAUAAUUCAUCAACCUGAGGUGAGGGAGCCACUUCCUUUGAUAAUACAUCAUCUCCCCAUAGCUGUAACCUUUGGGUUUUUCGGUAAUGAUAACAUUGUGGUAAUAGACCCAACCCAUAAUGAAGAGGCUGUUAUGAGUGGAAGAAUGAUUGCUACACUUAAUACAAAUGGGGAUGUUUGUGCGAUUCAAAAAGCUGGAGGAGCGGGUGUCAUGCAGAAUGUCAUUAUACAGUGUUUAAGAAUUGCUUCUGUGAAGGCUGCUGAUGUCACAAGCAAGAUUAAGAAUGCUGUGAGUUUUUCCCUUUAUAAUGGACCCGGUGCUAAGUUGGUGACCAAGAAUCAAUCCGUAGAUCAGAAAGGAGUUGGUGAUUUGUCAGGGCGUCAUGUAGAAAGAUUAAAGUUGAUAACAGAGGAAUGUGGUGUUAGUCAGAGUAAUAACAUGGAAGGUGAAAUCCAAUCAUCUGAGCAAGACAGAAUCAACGUGAAAGAUGGCCAUUCAAAGAGUUUCAUUGGUGGGCCCUCAAGUUGGGAUCCAUACUCGAAGGGAAUUGAUCCUGAUGCAUUGAAAACUUCUCUAGCUGCACGUGGAGCGUUAACAUCCAAUAAGAAGCUAGAAGAAUCAAGACAUGAGAAGCCAUCUGAAACAGAACCAGACCAACUUAUGGAGUAUGUUAAGCCGGCUCCUUCUGCAGAUGGGGAAGUGGGAACUCGAGGACAAACAAAUGGAAAGAAGACUUUAAUAGAUGCAGUGAAGCCCAAGCGCAAGAGAAAAAAGAAGUCAUCCUCCAACGUUGAUGCAAGUUAGCUGGAUGAAAAAAUAUAUCCAGGUCAUCGUGAUACCGGGGUAUUGCUUCAUUGGACUUUGAUUUGAUCCAGUGAAAGGCAUAUGGAGUUGGGAAUGCUUCUAAAGUUGCUGCAUUGAGUGUUUAUUGUAGGAGUAAUCCAAAAGUGAAACAGGAGAGGAAAUGGUGUUAAUAUUCCUUCUGCACCCAAGGUUUUGUUUCGACUAAAAUUUUACUCGAGGAUUGAUUUAUUUUUAUUUUCCUCACUCUCUCACUCUCUCUAGAAGACACAAUGGAUCGGUCAGUCAAUCAAAUCAUGCUUCUAUUUAUAGACAUAGCCCUAAAUUACAAUUUUUGUGGAGCCCAACUUACUCUUUAAGAUAGGUUUACUGUAAAACAUGAUUGUUUUUAGUGUACGUCAAGCUACUGUGAAAUAGUUGGGACUUGCGUACUAUAAGUGACAAACUAAUAGGAGAAAUUAUUGCUUGGUUAGAAACA